AGUGCGGUCGCUGUGGGAAUAAUACGAAGGGAUCCUGAGUCAGCUCGGCAUGGAAGUGUAGAUGCACGUCGUCGUCAUCAUCAUGCGUUAUUUAUACCACCACAGCAGAGGAGGUAUUUGGGAUAAUUAGGAAGGAAGUGGGUGCAGAACAAAAAGACAUUACAACACAGACACCGUGGUAGACGCGGUGAUGGGCUGCACGUGACUGGCCACAGUGGGUGCUCGACUGGAUGCGGUGUGCUGAGUGCGGAGAUAUCUUCCAGGUCGCUGACCUGGACAGACCCGGCUGAGAUGAAGCCCUGGACGGAGUGAGGCCGCCCGUAAACCUGCGCUUCAAGGUGCUGUCGGGCAGCAGCGUGCGGGUGCUGUGGCGCUCGCCGCGUGGCGCCAUCCUGGGCUACAGGCUCCACGUGCUGCCCACCAACGACGAGGCCGUGCGAGAGAUCUCGCUCUCACGUGACGCCACGUACGCCGUCAUCGAGGACCUGGUGCCCAGGACCAAGUACGUCGUGACCAUGGUGGCGUAUGACGCGUCGGGGGAGAGCCCGCCCGUCACGGGAGAGAUCACACUGGAGAUGGUGCGCCCGGGAGGACCCCGAGGAGGUACGGACACAGGCGCCUCGCCAGAAGAGACGUCCGUCUCACAGGGUUGCGCCCCGUCCACGGAGGCCGAGCUCGUGCUGCUGCUGGAGGCGACGCGGGGCCUGGACGAGGCCGACUCGCGCCUCGCGCUGUCCUUCGCGUCGGCCCUCGCGGGGGCCUUCCCCGUGGGGGCCGCGACGCGCGUGGCCCUGGUGCUGUACGGCGCCGCGGCGCGCACCCGCGUCGCGCUAGGCGCCGAGACGCGGCACGCGCGGCUCGCCAACCUCAUCCUCGGUCAGCCCCUGCAGCAGGAGGGACCCCCCAACGCCGGCGAGGCACUGCGGCACAGCCUGGACACGCUGCUGGGCCCCGCGUCCCCCGCGCGCCCCACCGCGGCGCGCCUCCUCGUGCUGCUCGCACGCAGCGCGUCGCACGACGACGUCGCCAGCGCCGCCGCUGCGCUGCACGAGGCGGGCGUGGACGCGUUCGCCGUGGGGCUGCCGGGAGCCGUCGCCAGCCAACUGCGCCUGGUGGCGUCGCAGCCGGAGCACCUGCUGAUCGUGGCUGGCGCCGCGGAGCUGCCCCAUGCCCUGCCCCGCCUGGUGGCCCUGCUGUGCGCGAGCGCCGAGGCCCAGAUGGCUCUGCUGCGCCAGGGAGACGUGGAGCCACCGAUUCAGGUGCACGUGUCGGAGGUGACGUCGCGCUCGCUGCGCAUCAGAUGGGCGCUCCCCGCGGGCCCCGUCUCGGGCUUCCGUGCGGUGUGCGCCCCCGCGGGGGGCCCCGGGAGCAACGGCGUCCCCGCGGGCGGCCCCCCGCCCGUCGCCGGCGGCGGCAUUCAAGAGCAGACGCUGGGCGGGCGCGACACGACGGCCGUGUUCCGUGGGCUGCGCUCGGACACGGAGUACCGCGUCAGCGUCUACUCCCUGCAGGGCCGCGCGCUCAGCGCGCCCGAGACGCGCACCACACGCACCAAGAGCACCAAGGUCACCGUGGAGUGCACGUCGUACGUGGAAGUGCGGGCCGACAUCGUCUUCCUGGUCGAUGGUUCCUACAGCAUCGGCUUGGACAACUUCGCCAAAGUGCGCUCGUUUCUCGACGUGCUCGCUAAGACGUUCGACGUGAGCCCAACCAAGGUGCGGCUCGGCCUGGUGCAGUACUCCCGCGAGCCCGUGCUGGAGUUUGCGCUGGACAAACACACAACAAGGGAGGCCAUCCUGGAGGCCCUCAAGAACUUCCCCUAUCGCGGCGGCUCCACCAACACCGGGCGCGCCAUGACCUACGUGCGGCAGCGAGUGUUCGUACAGGCCGCCGGCGCCCGGCCCGAUGUCCCGCAGGUCAUGAUCCUCAUCACGGACGGGAAGUCGUCGGACGAGUUUCGGGAGCCAGCCAAGCAGCUCCGUGACUCCAACGUGGAAAUCUUUGCCGUCGGAGUCAAAGACGCCGUGCAGGCCGAGCUGGAGGCCAUCGCCACGCCGCCCGGGGACACGCACGUCUUCACCGUGGAGGACUUUGACGCGUUUGAGCGGAUCGCCGCCGAGCUCUCGCAGUCCAUCUGCCUGCGCAUCGAGCAGGAGAUCGAGGAGCGGCGGCGACGAUCCCUGCUACCUCCGCAAAACCUCUCCACGUCGGACGUGACGCCCCAAGGCUUUGUCGUGUCGUGGCACGCCGCGCGUGAGGACGCGCGUAGCUUCCGCGUGGAGUACUCGGCGCUGACCUCCGACCCCGCCACGACUCCCGCCGCCCCGGGGUCUGUGACCGUCGCCGGGAACGACAGCAGCGCGCAGCUCGUGGGGCUGGCGCCCGACACCACCUACAGCGUCCGCGUGUUCGCGCUGUACGCGGAGGGCGAGAGCCAGCCGCUCACGGGGGAGGAGACGACCCUCGAAGUGCUGGGAGCAGCGCGCGACCUCGCCGUGUCGGACGAGACCCAGAGCAGCCUGCGGCUGAGCUGGGCGCCGGCGCCGGGCCGGGUGCAGCACUACCGCCUGCGCUACCACGCGGCCGGCAGCUCCACAGGACCGGGCCCCGGGGAGAUGGUGGUGCCGGCGGCACAGACAUCGGCACUGCUGUCGGGCCUCACAGCCGACACGCGCUACGAGCUCUCCGUGGUGGCGAUCUACGCGUCCGGUGAUGGGCCCGAGCUGCAAGGCCCUGGCAAGACGCUGGAAGUGACCGGCACGCCUCGCGAGCUGCUCCUCUCGGACGUGAAGACGCGCAGCAUGCUCGCCACGUGGACGGCGGCGCCGGGCCGCGUGCUCCACUACCGCGUGCUGGCCCGGCCGCCGGGCGGCCCGGCGGGGGAGCCGGCACCCAAAGAGCUGAAGGUGUCCGGCGACGCGACGCGCGCCCUCCUGUCCGAGCUGCUGCCCGACACCGCCUACAGCGUCGCGGUCACCCCCGUGUACCGCUCGGGGAGCGGGGAAGCGGCGCGGGCGCAAGAGACCACCAAGGAAGAACUGGGCCCGCCGCACGGCCUGCGCACAAACGCCAGCGAGACCGGCGUGGCGGUGCGGUGGCAGGCGGCGCCGGGGCGCGUCACCUCGUACCGGGUGUCCUACCGCUCGCUGCUGUCGGAGGCGGACGCCGGCGAGAGGCUGCUGGACGGAGCGGCGCGCUCCACGCAGCUCACGGGGCUGCAGCCCGACACCACGUACGAGCUGUCCGUGAGCGGCGUCUACGCCAGCGGGGAGGGACCCUCCGUCACGGGCAAGGACACCACCCUGGUUCCCGACGGCGGCCGCGUGCGGGUGAGCGAGCGCAACACGACGGCCUUCCGCGCGUCGUGGGCGCCGGCGCCGGGCCCCCCGCAGAGUUACCGCCUCACGUACCGGCCGGUGGAGCCCCUCGGAGAGGGCGGAGACGCCCCCCGGGGCCGCUCGGUCGUGAUGCGGGUGCCUGGGAACACCACGUCGGUGCCGCUGCGACGCCUCAAGCCCGGCACGCGCUACAAGCUGGCGGCGACGCCGGUGUACGGAGGCUGGGAGGGCCGCGCCCGGCACGGGGAGGGGGCCACCGUCGACCCCACCAAGCUGAGGCCCCCUCGCAAUCUGACGACGUCGGACGCGACGAGCAGCAGCUUCCGCGUGUCGUGGCGGCCGGCGCCCGGGGAGGUGACGGCGUACCGCGUGGCCUUCCACCCGGCGGGGGAGCGCGUGUCGCUGCGCGAGCUGCUCGUGAGCCCCGAGGACAGCAGCGCCGUGCUGCAGGAGCUCAGGUCUGGCACUCCGUACAAGGUGAGUGUGUUUGCAAUGUACGAGGAUGGGCCAAGCGAACCGCUCCUCGGCUCCGAGGUCACCACUCCCGACCUCCCUCCCGCCAACAUUGAAUUGUACGAAUGCGCCAGCUCGGCCGUGGCCGACAUCGUCAUCCUGGUGGAUGGCUCCUGGAGCAUCGGCCGACUCAACUUCCGUCUCGUCCGCCAGUUCAUCGAGCAGCUCGUCAACUCGUUCGACAUCGGGGACAAGAUCCGCGUGGGUCUGGCGCAGUACAGCGGAGACCCCAGAACGGAGUGGAACCUCAACAGCUUCUCUACGAAGGACACCACCCUGGAAGCCGUGCGCAACCUUCCCUACAAGGGGGGCAACACGCUGACUGGGCUGGCGCUCACCUACAUCCGCGAGAACAGCUUCACGCCAGAUGCGGGCGCGCGGGAGGGCGUCAACAAGAUCGGCAUCCUCAUCACGGACGGCAAGUCGCAGGACGAGGUGUUCGGGCCCGCGGACAGCCUGCGCGCCAACGGCGUGGAGCUCUUCGCCAUCGGCGUGAAGAACGCGGACGAGAACGAGCUAAAGCAGAUCGCCACCGACCCCGACGACACGCACGUGUACAACGUGGCCGACUUCAGCGCCAUGGCCACCAUCGUGGGCAGCCUCAGCAAGACGGUGUGCCGCAGCGUCGACUUCCCCGGAGGGGCAGACCCCCCGCCCAGCGCUCCGCUCGACCUGGUCACGUCGGAGGUGACGACACGGAGCUUUCGCGUGACGUGGACACCGUCACCCGACCCCGUGGAUCAGUACCGCGUGGUUUACUACCCCCUGGGCAGCGGGGGCUCCCCCCUCGAGGAUGAGGUGGAGGGCUCGCUGAGCACCGUGCUGCUGCGCAGGCUGCAGCCGUCCACGCGCUACGAGGUGUCCGUGUUCGCCGUCAACUCCGUGGGGGCGAGCGAGCCACUCCGCGGGCACGACACGACACUGCCUCUGGAGGGGCCGCGGAACGCACGCACGUACGACGUGACGACCAACAGCAUGCGCGUGCGCUGGGACGUGGUGGCCGACGCCACGGGGUACCGCCUGGUGUUCGCCCCCGUCGACGCGGGCAGCGACCCCAACCAGGAGCGCGAGCUCACGGUGGGCGCCACAGCUAAGAACACUCUGCUGGAUCGCCUCACCCCCAAAACCACGUACCGGAUCGCGCUGUACGCACUGUAUGGCGAGGAGGAGAGCCAGGCCAUCCCUCUGCAGGACACCACACUUCCCUUGGCGGGCCCGCGGAACGCUCGCACGCACGACGUGACGACGCACAGCAUGCGCGUGCGCUGGGACGCGGCCGGGGACGCCUCGGGGUACCGCCUGGUGUUCUCCCCCGUGGACGCGGGCAGCGACACGAGCCAGGAGCGCGAGGUGACGGUGGGCGCGUCCAUCAAGGACACGCUGCUGGACCGCCUGACGCCCAACACGGAGUACCGCAUCGCCCUGUACGCGCUGUACGCGGACCAGGGAAGCGAGCCCAUUCCCCUGCAGGACACCACGUUGCCCCUGCGCGGCGUGCGGAAUCUGAACUUUGCCGACGUGACCCACUCGAGCUUCCGCGUGUCGUGGGACCCGGCGGAGGGCAGGGUGCUCAAGUACCGCGUGCGCUACUCACACGACGACGGCUCCGAGCCCAGCGAGGUGGAGGUGGAGGGCUCGGUGACGAGCCGCGAGCUCACGGGGCUCAACUCCCAGACGCGCUACCGCGUCACCGUCACAGCUGUGUACGCUGAUGGGGAGUCGCCUCCCCUAGCCGGCUCCGAGACCACGCUGAAGGUGCCGCCCCCGCGUCUGCUGCGCUUCUCGGAGGUGACGGAGACGACGUUCCGGGUGACCUGGGUGCACGGCGGGAAGGACGUCCAGCUCUACCGCCUGGCGUGGCGCCCCGUGGCGGGCGGCGCCAUGGAAGAGGUGAUCCUGAACGGAGACGAGAACUCGAAGGUGCUGGAGAACCUGCAGAGGGGCACGCUGUACGAGGUGUCCGUGACCGCCAUCUACCCGGAUGAGUCGGAGAGCAGCCCACUCACGGGCCGCGAGCAGACACUUGACGUCACAACAACCACGCCAACUACCACCACCACUGCCGCUCCGCGCGGCGCCCCGCGGGGCCUGGUGACGAGCGACGAGACGUCGUCGAGCUUCCUCGUGCGCUGGGAGCACGCCGUGGGGGCCGUGCUGCAGUACCGCGUCGUCUACGAGCCCGUGGGGGGCACGCGGUCCCCCGAGGCGGUGUUGGUGGGUGGACGCCGGAACAACGUGAUCCUGCAGAACCUGCUGCCCGACACCCCGUACCGCGUCACCGUCACCUCUCUCUACCAGGCUGGCGAAGGAGGCAACCUGGACGGCACCGCACGCACGCUUCCUCUGGUGGCACCGCGCAACCUGCGCAUCUCGGAGGAGUGGUACACGCGCUUCCGCGUGUCCUGGGAGCCCGUGCGCGGCCCGCUGCUCGGGUACCGCGUCACCUACUCGCCCGCAGCUGGCGGCCCCGCGCAGGACGUGUUUGUGGGGGACGUGACAAGCACGGUGCUGCAGGGCUUGAGCCCCGGCACCGAGUACGGCGUCAAAGUGCAGGCGCUCUACCCCGGGGGCAGCAGCGAGCCCCUGCAGGGGCCCGGACGCACGCUGCCGCUGAUGGUGAGCGAGCUGCGCGCGUUCCGCGUGGAGGUGAACAGCCUGUGCAUGCGCUGGAAGCCGGUGCGCGACGCCGCCUCGUACCGCCUCUCCUGGGAGCCGCUGACAGGAGGUCCCAAGCGUGAAGCGGUCUUCCCGGGCAGCCAGAUCGAGCACUGCAUCCCGGAGCUGCAGGCCGACUCCCCCUACCGCGUCAGCAUCACCGCGCUCGUGGGACAUGCCGAGGGGCCCGCCACCAGCGCCACAGAGCGCACCAUGCCCGUCCCAACCACGACUCCGACCACGACGACCACCACGCCGCCGCCCACGAUCCCUCCUGCCCGCGACGUGUGCAAGGCUGCGAAGGCAGACAUCGUGUUCCUGGUGGACGGCUCCUGGAGCAUCGGCGAUGACAACUUCCACAAGGUGAUCCGCUUCCUGUACGGCACGGCGGGCGCACUGGACAAGAUCGGACCUGACGGGGCACAGGUGGCCAUCGCCCAGUUCAGCGACGACGCGCGCACCGAGUUCCUGCUGAACUCGCACCGUGACAAGGAGAGUCUGCUGCACACCAUCGAGAACAUGCGCUACAAGGGCGGCAACACCAAGACCGGCCGCGCGCUGACGCACGUCCGGGACCACCUGUUUGUGGAGACGGGCGGCAUGCGGCGCAACGUGCCCAAGGUGCUCGUGGUGCUCACGGAUGGCCGCUCCCAGGACGAGACGCCGAUCAUCGCUCGCGAAAUACAGCUCAGUGGCGUCAGCAUCUUCGGGAUCGGCAUCGCGGACGCCGACUACACGGAGCUGGUGUCCAUCGCGAGCCAGCCCACAGAGCGGCACCUCUUCUUCGUGGACGACUUCAACGCCUUCCAGAAGAUCGAAGAUGAACUCAUCGCCUUCAUCUGCGAGACGGCCUCGGCCACCUGCCCGCUCGCGUUCCUCAACGGGCACACGGUGUCAGGGUUUAACAUGAUGGAGUCAUUUGGGCUUUUGGACAAAACCUACUCCAUGCUGAGUGGCGUCGCCAUGGUGCCAGGGACCUUUAACAGCUUUGGCUCCUUCAAGAUUCAACCGGAAGCUCAGCUCCGACAGCUCACCAGCGACGUGCACCCGGACGGCCUGCGGCCAGACUUCACCAUCUCCUUCCUCUUCCGAGUGCUCCCCGAGACCGGGCCCGAGCCGUUCGCGCUGUGGCAGGUGCUGAGCACCAGCGGGAGCCAGCAGGUGGCCAUCAUCCUCGACGUGGGCAAGAAGGUGCUGGCCUACGUCUACCAUGAUGAGCAGGGCCAGAGGCAGGUGGUGACGUUCGACGGGCCCGAGGUGCAGAGGAUAUUCUACGGCAGCUUCCACAAGGUGCACGUGGUGGUGACGCGCGAGAGCGUCAAGGUGCACCUGGACUGCGCGCUGGUGGCGGAGCGCAGCUCGUCGCCGCCGGGGAACGUGACCACCGAGGGCCACGCGGAGAUCGGCCGCCUCCUGCAGUCACGGGGGCCGCGCGCCCGCACCGCCGCGUUUCAGCUACAGAUGUUCGAGAUCGUGUGCAGCAUGGGCUGGACGAGUCGUGACAAGUGCUGCGAGCUCCCGGCCACGAGAGACGAAGCCAAAUGCCCUGCGCUGCCCCAUGCCUGCAAGUGCUCCCUGGACAGCGUGGGGCCGCCCGGACCCCCAGGGCCAGCGGGAGGUCCUGGUAUCCGUGGAGCAAGAGGAACACAAGGGGACCUUGGUUCCAAAGGAGCAGAUGGAAUUCGAGGGGAGUUGGGACCUAUCGGUCAGCAGGGUGCCCCAGGGCCUCAGGGCCCACCCGGCAUGUCGAUACAAGGCGACCCGGGCCGGCAAGGAGAGAAGGGAGAGAAGGGAGAACCAGGCCCACCAGGUCCUCAGGGACCCCAAGGGCUACAAGGUCCGACGGGCAGGGAUGGGCCUGCAGGACAGAGGGGUCUGCCUGGAAAAACCGGGGAGCAAGGACCCAGAGGACCUCCAGGGCCCAUGGGGCAGCCCGGGUCACCGGGGCCACAGGGUGACGUGGGGGCCCCAGGCACGCGUGGCAACCGGGGGCUGCAGGGUUUGCUGGGCUCGAGAGGUGAGAAAGGAGACAAGGGGGAUCCGAUGUCCCAGAACAUGAUUCGGUCCGUGGCCAGACAGGUGUGCGAACAGCUGAUCAGCUCCCAAAUGCACCGCUACACAAACCUGAUCCAGCAAGCCCCCAACAACAACUAUCCGGCUCGUGAGGUGAGGGGGCCCCCGGGACCCCCCGGCAAUUCAGGCUCCCAAGGGCCCCCAGGAGAACCCGGCAGCCAGGGCCGCCCAGGCUUCCCGGGGGAGCCCGGCAUGGGAGGCUCCUCCGGAGAGAGGGGUUUGCCUGGAGACAAGGGAGAGAGGGGAUCCCCUGGGAUCAGCCAGCAGGGCCCUCCCGGCCCUCCCGGGCUUCCAGGCCCCCCCGGGGACUCGCGCACGGGCAGCCCCGGCUCCCGAGGCCUUCACGGGGCAACGGGCCCCCCCGGGUCCCCCGGCAGCCCGGGCCCUGCCGGUGCCCCAGGACCGCAGGGAUACUGCGACUCGUCCCAGUGCAACCUGGUCUACAACAUUGACGGUUACUCUGGCCCCGAGCAGUAGCUGCGCCGCUUGCGACCUCUGGACGCUGCCGCUGCUCGCAACGUAACGCCGCUGGGAAUCGCAAACCUCAAGCCUCUGCUGGGUCGACGCGCUUUGCUUCGCACCCUGCCACUCAACUUCUUCUCCUCCCUUCUGCCACUGCAGUUUUUUUUGGUGUUUCUUUUACAUUUUUGUGGUCAUACGGUUUUUUUAAGCUUUAGUAGAUUGCCUUAUUGAACAUUGCUGUUGACGGUUCGUUACGCUCUGUGUCCUGAGAGUUAAAGGUUACAUUGAAGUGCAAGUCUAGAGAAAUGUGUGUAAUCAUAAAAUUGUGCUUUUACUGUCUAGGCACUCGUGCUUGCAGAACUUCCACCACCACCACUGAACUUUGUCAUGUACAUGCACCUGCACUGCUGCAAAAAAAUGUGUUUGCCCAGCUAGCAACAUGGGGCUCUGCUUCCUGGUGCUUUUGCUGGCCUGUAUACUGGGUCUUCAACGUGUACAGACAUACAACGGCACACCCGCUGCACAUUUCCCACGCCUUCUGUAGAGAAUGGAUUUUUUAUUAUUAUUAUUGUUCAUGCACAUGAUUUUUGCUGGGGGAUUGUUUUUGCCGGGGUCCUUUUUCGCGCUUGGUUAUGGGAUGCUGAAAGUCUUGUGUGGUUUUUUUUUGCGCUCGGGUUCUCCGCAAGCUCAUGCAGGGUGGUGUGCAUGGUGCCCACGUCCCCGUGACCAACCCAGGCCUUCGCUCUUGUCCCCCUUUUUCCUAAACAGGAACGCGUCCCAACCAUUACCGCUGGCUCCCCCACGAAGUAAAAGUUUCAUUCAUAGAGAACAUGGCAAUCAUUGUUGAAGUGAUUCCCUAAAAUGGGUUUACAGGAUUUGAAUUUCAUACUGGGAACAUUUGAAACUGGAGGGUGCAGUUUUAGUUUGCAGCCCCAUACUUCAGGGCGUGAAAUUCCGUGCCGAGUUAUCCUUACACCUCACAUGCCCUGUGCGUGGGUCCCACCAUGUGUGUAUUUUCUUGAUGGCAAACGUAGUAAGAAUCAAAUUAAUAUAUUGCCAAGUAUCGUGCGCCUCACCCUUUGUAUUGCAUUAAAGACCCGUAUUUGACGACACCCAGGGUUGACAGUUGCACAUUUGUACUGCCCUUAAGACAUCGAUGUCGGCAAAUGUUUCUGUACAAAAGUAGGCAAUUACUCUCGUGUAGCAAUGCGACGGAUGACACAAGCCGUCACAGUUGAGCUUUCUGAUGUGUCUUUGGGUUGUACCGCGUUAUUGUUCAGCAUGAUAUCCGACGUUUCGCUCCACGUGCCAGGAACUGAAUUAAAGCUCUCCGUACAUGGAGCAAAACUGAGUUGAGUUUGUGAAGCCUAUGGCGCAUGUAUCGAAAUGUCAGAAAUCAAGCUAAGCAUGCGGUACAACCCAAAAACACAUCGGGAGAGCUUUGCAGCACCACUGUGAAUAUGCACGCAGUUGAAUAUUAUCGUUUCGACUGCUUAUCAGUUCAUAUUCAGAACUUGCUACCAAAUUUGAUGCGGGAACUCAUUUUUAUAAUAGCAUUGGCUUGCAGCUGUCAGCCAUUCAUUUGAUUUCCUUAAGCAGUAGAGCCCCCAUUACAGGCUCACCUUCAUAACAGACAUGCGUACACGUUGUGAAAUCAUAUGUGCGGCGAAUACAUGUCCUCUGUUCCUGGGAAUUGCUUGCUGAUAAAAAUACUCACUUGGCGUGUCCGAGUCAGGCCAACUGCCUCGGGUGGACAACGCUAAGACUCGGCCAAUGCAGUUUGCCUCUUGUGUAGCAGUGUAGAGAUUUUCUCCAGUUCUCAUUUUUGCUAAGUCAACAACAAAUCGUUCGUUUCCACUUCAUACUGUCGGUAAGUUCCUCUGGGCACAGCAGGGUCACAGAGAGGACAAGACUUAGGUCAAAUGUACACGUGUAUAGCUCGCUCGCUCCAAUGCCGCUCCACAGCCGAGUUGCUUGGGACUUGACAGGGACACGGGACUGAAGGUGCAUUAUCGGGUACCGAAUUCUACGGGGACAAAAAUUGCCGAGCGACAGAGACGUGGAAUUGGCGUGGCCUGGAGUUACCCCGUCCAGCUCACCCUGUCAAGGCCAACGAGAUGGCUUGCGUCCUGCAGCAUUGUUACCGUGCCAGGCAGAAGCAAGAGACGAACGGGGGUUGGUCGAAUUCGUUUUAUAAUGAAAGCGGGAGCCGUGAAAAGUGGGUAUCUGUUGGUUGGAGGGAGGCCACCUCUUGCUUGUGCGAGCAGCUUCGGCGAAAUGCAGCUGCACCAACAUGCCCCUUGUGAAUGGAGCCGAGAACUCGGGGGACACCCUUGCCUCGGGCUCCCGUGGGCCGUGGCAAAAUUAAUCGGCUUUUAAGAUAUAAAGAAUGUGCUGUAAAGAAUCGUUCCAAUGUCGAGCCUCUUAGCAGAAAUGUUAGCGUUCGGUUACAACUGUAGCGGUAGUAAAUGCAUUUGUAAAAGCUUACGGGGAUGUCGCUUCUUGUGUCGCGGGCUCAAACUGGUAAUCCAGGCAACGUGCAGGCGAUGGGUCGGCGUGGACCAAAGAGGACAUUGGUCCAGUCCUGGCCCAACGCAGUACAUUGACUGAAGUAUACCGCACUGGGCCCUUCCUGGCAGAACUCUGUCCACGCUCGCUUCCUCGAGUAGUCGUGUCGGACCGCGUCGCUGUCUGUAAGUUUAUUGUGUUGAUAGGGAGUGUCGGCUGGUUUGAAAGCGCCGCGCCUAUUAUUUCCUUUGUUACUUUUACUAAUACAUGUUGGUGGAUUAUCAUAGUGAGGUGCUUUUGUGGGUGCGGGUCUCUUGACGACAAAAAAAAAACGUUUUCACCGCAACUCCCCCGGGGCACAGUCCUCAUUUCCGAGUCGAAUCAUGAACGACGUUUACAUUCGACCACGCUGCAGAGCGUCAUCCUCCGCAGAGGUUACUCUUACAUGGAAUAGCCCGAGAGAAGAUGCUGAGCUCCAACACCCUGCAUUGCCUGCACGUGGUUGUGAUGUUGGCCUCAAAUUUGAGGCGGCCCGCAAAUCCCACUUGGGACUUUCCCGUCUCAGGUAACGAAUCCAGGAUGUGUCUUCGUGUACAGCCAUGAUGUCAAUCCACAGUUGGGUGAAGGCCUUCCCCACGCCAUUUGUGGGGGUUAAUUGAUUAUACUUCUUCACCAUGCUGGUCAAUGUGGGUUGGUGAAGAUGGGGAGCAUUUAAUUACAACACCGCAACAAUGUAAUGUAUUGCACACGGCUUAGAACCUACUGUGCAUGGUGCUCAUUCGACUAUUACGUUGCAGGCUUAAGCCUGCUUAGCACAUUCCGCCUGAUUUGGUCAUAAUCUCACAUGCUCUUUUAAUUGAACACAAUUUGGGCUGGGUAAGAAGCCACCUCAUCACCUUGCUCGUGUUACCUGCAACUGGAAGGAACGGGCUGGAGUCACCUCAAAUUGGAACCACGUGGGCCACAUUUCGGAAUAUUGAAGGCAGAUAUUUCUCAAACACCGCGUUGUACAUUGGGCAUUCAGAUGCAACGAGGACAACGUCGGUUCCAACCGUCUCGUCGCUUGAGCCGACUUGGGCGCGUCAAGAGCCAGUGCGUUGUUGACACGCCGAGAUGAAGUCAGCUGCGAUGUUGGCGAAUGCUCCGCGCCGCAUGAGGCUGUGUUGGUUGGCUGUGCGCGUGGGGGGCGAGCUGGGCGCGCCACAGCCGUGCACAGGCGACUCGUGUUCGCGUCUUUGCGAGGUUGGAUUUGCAGUGAUAAAAGGUGCAGAUUUAGGAAGGUCUGUUUGCUCGCGUGGUUCGCGUGCAGCAGACAACAUUAUUCAACACGCGGCGACUGCUUUUAAACCACGUGGACGUGAGAGCGCCAGUGACAGUCACGCACACACAUUCGGAGGCUCGCGGUGUCGCGCACCGCGUUAACUGGGUUUCCGAUUCACCGUUUACCCAAAAAGUGUCUUUAAUUAUAUUGACGUUUUGGGAGGUGGGGGGAGGGGAGUCGUUAGGACAUACACACACGUUCUUCCUAAAACCCAUCAUCCUUGCAUAAAGAUACAUUUGAAAUGCAAAUGUCCUUUGUGUUUUGUUGAAUGCAUGUUGGGCGUGUUGGAUCCGUUUUAAGUCGACAAGGUAACACGUGAUGGAUCACAUUUGCUGGCGGUUUAAACUAAGUGGCAACUAAAAACUAAAAUAAUCCCAAAGUACACGGGGCGGUGGUUGCAGAGAAACAAUUGUGUUUUGGAAAAAUCUGUUCAUUUGACUAGUGAUUUUAUCAUUUUGAUUUCAGUAAGCCGAAUUAUCGACUUAGGAUGGAAACCCAGGAAAUUGGAUACACCUAAAGUCGCUACCUGUGUGUGUGUGACCACUGCGCUCUCAUCGUAUUCGUAUUGGUCCAUAGUGAAUGCAUUACACUCUGUAACACAAUUUUUGUUCCUUGGGUACGAAGUGUUAUUUUUUUUAUUGUUUAUGCCUAAAAAGUAUAGAAAAUGGCUAUUAUUCCCCAGAAACUUUGCUUUUGUGACCAGGACUUUGUGAACGAAAGACACAAAUGCACACGUUUUCUCAUUGAAAAUAGGUACAUUGCAAAAUAUCACUGUCUUGGUCACAAAAGCAAAGUUUGUGGGUAAUAAUAGCCGUUUUCUGUACUUUUGAGGCAUAAACAAUGAGGAAAUAACACACUACCCAGGAAAAAAAAAUGUUUGUUACACAGUGAAUUAUCACUGGCAAGGUGGGGUCAUCAUUGUCGUUUGGAACUCGGGGCUCGUUAACAAAACUAUGGUCCGCUUUAACGUUCCUCCGUGCAUCGCUCAACCUUAGCAAUGGAAGCGGCACCUCCUUGGCUUCGAAGUUAAAUUAAUAAAGUUAAUUAUUUCGCACAAACGUGUGAGGCAAUGAAGUCAACUUCCUUGGUGCAAGCGUGGUUAGGCUCUGUCGUGGCACGGCGCCCGCGAGUGGUGAACCUGGUCUCCACCUUCAGUGAGUCGUGUACACGAUUCUUCCAUCGGCUCCACGCACCGUGUAUCUCAUAGCUCCAUUACACGAGUGCAGACCAUCGAUUAUCCGGCUGCUUCCAACAUUAUCCGGUGGUCCCGGGCCGAUCCGGCCAAAUCGCUCCAAAGUCUGUAACCCAGUCCGGCGAUCGGCACCAUGUAGCGCGAUAAAAAAAAAGUAUCUACACUUGAUUUCAGUGUCAAAUAUGAUACACAGUAUAUUAUACACUACACACAACUUAAACAAUAAAAGUACUGCGCGUGCAUGCAUCACCCCGUGGUGCAGAGUAUUCGAGAUUGGAGUGGUAAGUACGGUACAGUAAAUACAGUAACUGUUUAAAGUAGGAAGUUUCAUUUUGUUUAUUUGUAUGUUUACUUAUGCCAAUUUCAUAUAGUAUCUUCCGAAUGCAUACCUAGUACAUAUGUUGUCACUACACGUCUCAACAUCUCUCUUCUGAGUAAACCUCUCAUAUCUCACCUGUUCUAAAUAUCUCUCGUAUAGAUUGUUUUGGAGUGCAUCAUAUAUCUGUUCCUGCGCUCUUGACAUGUGAGUCAAUCCAGCUGCCAAUGCAGAAAAGUAUGAACACCCCUAGUUCGGACAUUGUUCACGCUGAUAUGAAACUGCGUCGUGCAAGCAAAGGUCAUACUGUGCAUAUGUGUAAACAUUAAUUAUAGGUCUGUGAUGAUGAAAUGUGUCACACUUGAUACAUAAAUCUUGACUUAAAGCUUCCGUGACUGCAGGAAUACAUAUUCUAUGGAUCUUUCGGUAAAGCCACGUAGAUAGAACGUAAAAUUCGUGAUCUGAUCCCAUCUGUGAAUGAUGUGAUCCCUGACAUGCAAUACCCCGGUGUCUACAAACUAAGCUGUGGCUGCGGCAGUAGUUACAUUGGGGAAACCAAGCGACAUGUCUCAGACCGUGUUCGUGAACAUAAGGCGGAUCUGAAACACGGUAGGACCAAUACCUCAGCCGUGGCUGAUCAUUGUUUUAACGCAGUGGGCUCACGAAAUAGAUGUUUCCAAGACGAAGGUACUCUGCAAACCUACUGGCUAUCAGCAAAGAUUCGUUCAUGAAGCCAUCCAGAUAUAUAACAGACAAUUUCAACCGAGACGAUGGGUACAAACUGAGCAAUCAUUGGAAGGACGAUAUUAACCAGUUUAAGAGUUGCAUUGCCAGGUUGGAUGUCUUUGCAUUGACAUGCUGGAUGUCUCACUAGCAUUGCCACCGUUGCGGUGGUUCUCUUACAUUGACAUGCUAAUCUCUCACAAUACAAUGGCCACCUCCACAGCCUCAGGGCGCCCUCCGAUCUUACAUUUACAUGAAAAUACCUUCUCUAGCCCCUUCCACUUACCCUUGGGCGACACACAAUCAACGGGCUGAAUGUCUCACUAGCACAUCCACCGUUGCGGUGGUUCUCUUACAUUGGCAUGUUAGUCUCUCACAAUACAAUGGCCACCUCCACAGCCUCAGGGUGCCCUCCGAUCUUACAUUUACAUGAAAAUACCACCUCUAGCCCCGCCCACUUACACUUGGGCUACACCCAAUACAAUGGCCACCUCCGCAGCUUUGGUGGCGCCCUACAGGCUAAUCUCUCACAAUACAAAGGACAAUGCCCUAGCCAUUGACAUGCUAAUCUCUCACAAUACAAAGGCCAUUGCCCCAGCCUCUGUGGUUGGACCAUCUCUAGCUCCACCCACCUACCUUGAUGCACCCAUCUCAGGCCUAUAUAAGACCUUGUUUCAGCAGUUUUCUCUCACCUGAAGACGAUUGCUUGUGUUGCGAUCGAAGCGUCGUGAUUUUUUUCUAUAUACGUGGCUUUACCGAAAGAACCAUAUAAUAUAUACUUGAUACGUAUUUGAUCCGACCAGAAACUCCGUUAGGAUUUCAAAAGAUCUCCCCUUCGCUUUUUACCCAGCCUGUAAACUUCAUAGGUUUGUGUUCAGACUCUCUAACAUCAGUCACAUUUGGAUCUAGAAAUUUCUCAACAUCUACAUUUCAAGAUUAUAAAAAAGGCCUUAUAUUAUUAUUAUUUUUAAAACCCUGCAUUUUCUAUGGUAAAUAUCCAUAAGAUAUAAACUUCCAGGGCCUCAAGUGGAGAGAUCACCCCUUUCCUCAGUGGCGACCAUUUCACCAGUCAUGGGCCUCCCAUAGGUCGAUCUGUAAACAUCAGUGCAGCGAUACCUUGACUUUCGUACACUUGACUUUCACCGCUUUGCUCUUUCGGCCGUUUUCAAAUUUCGUCCACGUGCUUUCCUCUUUCGUCCGAUUUCAUCCAACCUUCCACGACGUUCGUGCCACGCACCAUCUUUUUCGUUCAGUCUUUGAAUAGAAGUCGUUCAGUAAGGAUCUCUUAUAUUUGUGUUUAUUCAUAUAUUAAUACUGUAUUUAUUUCUGUGAUUAUACUGUAAACAAUACAUAGUUAAUUUUGUGAUAACAGUAUAAUACAGUCUUUUUACAUUCGUCCAUUUUUGACAUUCUUCCACGCUCUGGUCCCUAACCAGACGAAAGUGCAAGGUAUUCCUCUACUGUGGAUAAAAAGGCAGCCGGAUGUAGUGAUUGCCACACCACCCCGUCGUGUGCCAUACCGACCUUAAUAAGCCAGCAGAUACAUUAAUUAACUAUGGGUUUGCGGAAAAUACACGCAUCACAUUUGGCACACAGCUUGUAUCCGAAAAGUUUGAGUUUAUUUGAUUCGUUACACGGAUGCUCCCGUUUAGCCAGUUGCCCGGGUAUUUUAUUAGGGGCAUCCGUGUUGUUAGCACAGCUUGAUUAGGUUGAAUUAUUCCAAUGCUAUCUUCAUCCAUAACUAAAUCAAUGUGAUAUAAUUAAUAUAUUCAGUAUUAUUAAGGUUUUAAAUGUGUUUUUAUAGAACCCAUUGCACAAACACAUUGCGCAAAAGCCAUCCUUGCAUGUCGUGUCUGCUCACGAUGCCGUAGAUCUGUCUGUGAGGGUUGCUCAAUUUUUGUAUGGGAGAGAGCAGAGUUAGGAUCCAUUUCCUCUCCCAUGAAAUUCCCUCUAUGUUAUAUAGGGCACCAAUGCGGAUUUUAAACGUGCUUUAAUGGUGACAGGAAGGAAAAUAAAGUCACCCGAGACUUG